AUGGGGAAGAUCACCUUCUACGAGGACCGGGGCUUCCAGGGCCGCCACUACGAGUGCAGCAGUGACCACCCGAACCUGCAGCCCUAUUUCAGCCGCUGCAACUCCAUCCGCGUGGACAGCGGCUGCUGGAUGCUCUACGAGCAGCCCAACUACUCGGGCUGCCAGUACUUCCUGCGGCGCGGGGACUACCCGGACUACCAGCAGUGGAUGGGCCUCAGCGACGCGGUCCGCUCCUGCCGCCUCAUCCCCCACACCAGCUCCCACAGGAUCAGGAUUUAUGAGCGAGAGGACUACAGGGGCCAGAUGGUAGAGAUCACCGAGGACUGCUCCUCGCUUCACGACCGCUUCCACUUCAGUGAGAUCCACUCCUUCCAAGUGCUGGAGGGCUACUGGGUCCUCUACGAGAUGCCCAACUACCGGGGGCGGCAGUACCUGCUGAGACCGGGGGACUACAGGCGCUACCACGACUGGGGGGCCACGAGUGCCCGAGUGGGCUCUUUGAGGAGAGCCAUGGAUUUCUACUGAAAUAUUUUUACUCCACCUUAUUCUCCAUCUG